CCACCCCACGUGGUUGGAGGUUUCCAGAAGGGUUGCCACUGCUGUGCCGCGCACUUCCCGGUGGUCCGAGCGCCUUUUUGUUGCUUGGUUUGUAUUUCUACAGUCUAGUCGCCAUGAUAAGUGCCAGCCGAGCCGCAGCUGCCCGUCUUGUCCGCUCCCCAGCCUCCCGGAGUUCCGCGGCCUCCCGCCACCAGGAUGGCUGGAAUGGCCUUAGUCACAAGGCUUUUAGAAUUAUUUCAAGGCGGGACUACGCAUCAGAAGCAAUCAAGGGAGCAGUUGUUGGUAUUGAUUUGGGUACUACCAACUCCUGUGUGGCAGUUAUGGAAGGUAAACAAGCAAAGGUGCUGGAGAAUGCCGAAGGUGCCAGAACCACCCCUUCAGUUGUGGCCUUUACAGCAGAUGGUGAGCGUCUUGUUGGUAUGCCGGCCAAGCGACAGGCUGUCACCAACCCAAACAACACAUUCUAUGCCACCAAGCGUCUUAUUGGCCGGCGAUAUGAUGACUCUGAAGUACAGAAAGAUAUUAAAAAUGUUCCCUUUAAAAUUGUUCGUGCCUCCAAUGGUGAUGCCUGGGUUGAAGCUCAUGGAAAACUCUAUUCUCCAAGUCAAAUUGGAGCAUUUGUGUUGAUGAAGAUGAAGGAGACUGCAGAAAAUUACUUGGGACACACAGCAAAAAAUGCUGUGAUCACAGUCCCAGCUUAUUUCAAUGACUCUCAGAGACAGGCCACUAAGGAUGCUGGUCAGAUAUCUGGACUAAAUGUUCUUCGAGUGAUUAAUGAACCCACAGCUGCUGCUCUGGCCUAUGGUCUAGACAAAUCAGAAGAUAAAAUCAUUGCUGUAUAUGAUUUAGGUGGUGGAACCUUCGAUAUUUCUAUUCUGGAAAUUCAAAAAGGAGUGUUUGAGGUAAAAUCCACCAAUGGAGAUACUUUCUUAGGUGGUGAAGACUUUGACCAGGCCUUGCUACAACACAUUGUGAAGGAGUUCAAGAGAGAGACAGGGGUUGAUUUGACCAAAGACAAUAUGGCACUUCAGAGGGUGCGGGAAGCGGCUGAGAAGGCCAAGUGUGAACUCUCUUCAUCUGUACAGACUGACAUCAACUUGCCAUAUCUUACAAUGGACGCUUCUGGACCCAAGCAUUUGAACAUGAAGCUGACCCGGGCUCAGUUUGAGGGGAUUGUCGGUGACCUAAUCCGGAGAACUGUUGCCCCAUGCCAGAAAGCCAUGCAAGAUGCAGAAGUCAGCAAGAGCGACAUAGGAGAAGUGAUUCUUGUUGGUGGCAUGACCAGGAUGCCCAAGGUUCAGCAGACAGUGCAGGAUCUUUUUGGCCGAGCCCCAAGUAAAGCUGUCAAUCCUGAUGAGGCUGUGGCCAUUGGAGCUGCCAUCCAGGGAGGUGUGUUGGCUGGUGAUGUCACAGAUGUAUUGCUUCUGGAUGUCACUCCCCUGUCUCUGGGUAUUGAGACUUUGGGAGGUGUCUUUACUAAACUUAUUAACAGGAACACCACUAUUCCAACCAAGAAGAGCCAGGUAUUCUCUACAGCUGCUGAUGGACAGACACAAGUGGAGAUUAAAGUCUGUCAGGGUGAGAGAGAAAUGGCUGGAGACAACAAACUUCUUGGACAGUUUACUUUGAUUGGAAUUCCCCCAGCCCCUCGUGGAGUCCCUCAGAUUGAAGUUACAUUUGACAUUGAUGCCAAUGGGAUCGUUCACGUUUCUGCCAAAGAUAAGGGCACAGGACGGGAGCAGCAGAUUGUUAUCCAGUCUUCUGGUGGGUUAAGCAAAGAUGAUAUUGAAAAUAUGGUUAAAAAUGCAGAGAAGUACGCUGAGGAAGAUCGGAGAAAGAAGGAACGAGUCGAAGCAGUUAAUAUGGCCGAAGGAAUCAUUCAUGACACAGAAACCAAGAUGGAAGAAUUCAAGAAUCAGUUGCCUGCAGAUGAGUGCAACAAGCUAAAAGAAGAGAUUUCCAAGAUGCGGGAGCUCCUGGCUCGAAAAGAUAGUGAAACAGGAGAAAACAUAAGACAGGCAGCAUCCUCCCUUCAGCAGGCAUCUUUGAAGCUCUUCGAAAUGGCAUACAAAAAGAUGGCAUCUGAGCGAGAAGGCUCUGGAAGUUCUGGCUCUGGGGAACAAAAGGAAGAGAAACAAUAGUCGCAGUAAACUUUGGAGCAUGAAGGAGAACAUGUUAUGGUGCUUGGGAGUGAAGGGACUUCCUGAGCAGAAAUGGAGCAAAUUUCAGUCUUACUGUGUUUUUGCAGUAUUCUAUAUAUAAUUCCCUUAAUGUGUAAAUUUAGUGACCAUUAGCUAAUGUUCGUUUAAUGAAUGAUAAUUCCAACAGUACAAACUUUUCACAAUGUUUUGUCCCUAGCCUGUCAUUUUCCAGCUGCAUGUAAAAGUGGAGAGGACAAUUUAUUUAUCAUCAUAAAGACUUAACAUUGUUUUGUGCUGAAUUGGCCAUAUUUUUAAGGUUUAAGACGUGUCACACAACAGUCACAGAACGGGUGUGAAACCAUGUGGGAAUGAGGUCCUUCUAGUUAGCUGCGUGCUGCUAUACUGUCCUGAGGUACAUGGGGUCCUUCUGCUAAGGCUUGCAAGGCAAGCCAGCCAUGCCUUGUUGGAAAGCAGGGCAAGGGAAGCUAGCUCAAUAGACAGCUAAGCUAACUAUUUCUUGGGUACAGUUUUUAAAACAAUGUGAUGAUGAGGCUCCCUAACUUUCCUAAGGCAUACUUUCCUGUCUUAUAGCCUGUGUGUCUGGCACCUGUAUCCUUGAUAAUUGUUCAUUUUGAUCCAGUUUGGAUUUUUAAAAUAAUAAAUAUGAAAAGCAUCUUGCUAUCUUCACCUGUGAGGUGAGAGGCCCUGGCAUUUAAUUUCAGUACUACAACAUGACUCAUACUUGCUGCCCUGAAAGGAAAUACAGGAUUUUGCUAUCAUUAGCUAAAAAUAUAAAUUCAACAUUUGAAAGGGAUUAUAUAAUGAAAUUAUGAGCAGUGUCACCAAGAACAAGUCUGGUUCAGUGGGGGUUUUUCCCUCUCCUUGUAGCCCUUAUGUUGGUUUCGAAUUUUGAAACAGUUUUCUAGUUAUCAUCUACCUGGCAUGAAAAGUAAAUCUAUGAUUUCAGACUGCUUAGAGCUGCACAUGGGGGGAAAAAGAGAAUUGGCUUACAAUAAAGUAACCAAUAACUAAUAA